AUCCUCAUACAAUAUAUACUUUCUUUCUAUCUCUGUUUUAACUAUCUGUGCGCAAUUUCCAAUUAUGGUUAUCUUCACCUCGGACACGAUUGAAUUAGUUUAACCUCUUUCGCUGUAAAGCUAAGUGAGAUGUCUGACUGAAACGAUGGCUGUUUUGGAUUUAAUCGAUCUUAAACUCGUUGAGUUUACAUAUUUUAUAACGUUUUGUGUUUUAAUUUAUUCUGUGGUUAGUGCAUCGGUUUAUGCAUACUUAAUAUGUGUGUUUUUCCUUUACAUAUGCUUGAAAGUUAUUCGUAAGAAAUCUACCGGAACAAUAGAAAAUAAACACCAGGGCAUUUUUAUCACAGGAUGCGAUACAGGGUUUGGACAUGAUCUCGCUAGGCGACUUGACAGUCUCCAGUUUACUGUAUUCGCUGGAUGUCUGCACCCAGAAGGUGAGGGGGCGAGGAAACUGAAAGCAGCGUCUUCAAAGCGUUUACAUGUGGUUUCACUGGAUGUUGGGUCCGAUGAAAGCGUGGAAGCAGCCCAUGAUUAUGUGGUGAAACAUCUGCCGGAAAGCGGAUUGUGGGCUAUUGUGAGUAACGCUGGUUUCAACGUAAUGGGCGAUGUUGAAUUAUGUACGGUCAACUUGUACAAAAAGAUUAUGAAUGUGAAUUAUUUCGGUGCUAUACGGACGAUUAGAAAUUUCAUGUACCUGGUUCGUAAAAAUAAAGGAAGAGCUGUGAUUGUGUCAAGUGUGAAGGGUCGGUUUCCAUUUCCUGCAGACUCGGCUUAUCAUGUAACGAAGCAUGGACUGGAGACUAUGGCGGACAGUCUUCGUCUGGAGAUGCUUAAGUUUGGUGUGCAGGUGUCCAUUAUCGAACCUGGAGCUUUCGGCACAGCUACUGCAUGUCAAAACGAACAUGUUUUCAAAAGAUACAGAGAGGAGGCGGACGAAAUGUGGCAAGCAGCGUCUGAGGACGUUCGUAAAACAUACGGCAGGAAAUACAUCGACGCUGAAAUUGCCAAACAGGAAAGUGGGCUUAGUGGGAGCGCAACCACAACAAAACCAGUUAUAGACGCAUUAGAAGACGCUAUUGUUAGUACACGUCCCCAUACGCGUUAUCUGAUAGAUGGCGGAGGAUGGUUUGACCCGCACACUACUUUGGCGCGUUACUAUGACUACCUGCCAACUUGGUUUUCUGACUGGAUCAUUAUACAAUGGACAGGUUGUGACAAGUUUCCGGACUAUAAAAAGUUAAAAUUGGAAUGAAUCUUGCAUAAAAUGUCUUUUUUUUCACUUCAUUACUCUUACGUAAUUGAAAUGUCGUACACAAUACAAUGAUUACUGGGG